AUGGCGGAAGUUGUGGAUAAAAUUCAGAGAGACUUUUAUUACUCAGUCAAGGGAAGCGAGCCGUGGGACGGUGUAGAACUCACAGACGAGGAACUAGGAGGAGAGUCGCGCCUGACGAAGCAUUACCUGCACCUCCUGAACCUAAGGCAAGUGGACAGCGCCAUAUACACGUGCGCUGCCGCCAACUCUGUGGGUGCUGUGACUGCCAACUGGACGGUCAGGGUCAUAGGUCAAGCUCGCCCUCGAGAACCGGAAUUCAACCCCCAAGAUCCAGCUAACACUACCGUAGUCGAAGGCUCAGUGGCAACGUUCCAGUGCAGUGGUACGUCGGAGGUCACCCCGCAUAUAAAGUGGCUUCGUCGACUGGAAGACGGCUCCUCCGACGGCAACUAUGUUCAUGAGAACCAGACUAUUAAUUGGAAGGGUCAUCGAUAUGUUGUACUCCAGGCAGCUCAAGUCCUCACACCUGGUGAUGGGUCAUUCUAUACGAAGGUGAAUCUCAAGAAAGCCUUGAUUAAUUCACUUGUCAUACCCAGAGCCUCGAUGCAAGAUGUUGGAUUUUAUGUUUGCACUGUGACAAACAGUUUUGGCUUAGACUACAGACAAGCAUAUCUCUCAGUGAUUACUGAGACUUCUGAGAGCAACAUGUUGAUGCUUGUAGUGGGUCUGGGCUGUGUGGCAGGAUUAAUUGUAGUCAUCGUAAUAGUGAUGACUGUUCGCCGUGUCCAGACCAGCAAACCACCCCCACCCCCAGGCCCUAGUGAAGGGGCCCUGUUGCCACCGCCUCCCAUGAACCAGGGAAAGAUGCAGCCCCCACCGACACACCAUCCCCGCUAUGUGCCCCAGACAGCCAAGCACAGCAGUCAGCAGGGAACUCCGCAUGGACAUGCUGUAGGCCCAGAAGGACCUUUACUGCAGUAUGCUGGGGGUGUGGUGCACCUUCCUCCUCAGUCUGCCAUGGCAGGAGGUGGCCAAGGGGCACAGCCAAUAAUUGUAUAUCAGGACCCAGCCACUGCUGCUUCUGUCUACAUUGCCCAGCGACCACAGGCACCGGCAGCAUCUGUGGGGAGACCUGAAUAUCAGUAUCAACAUCUGGAUGUCAUAUGA